AGAAGAUGUGGGAGAAGAGUUGGACAUAAAGGUAAUUGACUGAUUGUUGUCUAGAUAAAACGGAAAAUACAGAUUUGCAGUGUAGAACCUUCUUUUCUGGCUGCUAAUGCGUAUAGUACAUGUACACAACACGUUUGGGUAAUCAUUUCUGUUACGCAAAGAGGAGAAGAGUCAUAUCAUCAUUAUAUUCAAGUAAAAACUCUGCUUUCUGUGUAAUCGGAAUGGAGGGAAAACCGGUGAUGGUGGUGGGGCUGGAUGACAGCGAACAUAGUUUUUAUGCGUUAGAGUGGACUUUGGAACACUUCUUUGGACCUUCACCUACUUUCAAGCUCCUCAUCGUUCACGCCAAACCUACUGCUACUUCCGCUGUCGGCCUCGCUGGUCCUGGGGCUGCUGAUGUUUUGCCCUAUGUGGAGGCUGAUUUGAGGAAGAUCUCUUCAAGGGUUGCCGAAAAAGCUAAGAAGAUUUGUUCUGCUAAAUCGGUAAACGAUGUUGUAGUUGAGGUUGUGGAAGGUGAUGCUAGGAGUGUCUUGUGUGAUGCUGUAGAGAAGCAUCAUGCCUCUAUGUUAGUUGUUGGUAGUCAUGGUUAUGGAGUUCUAAAGAGGACUGUUUUGGGCAGUGUAAGUGACUACUGUGCUCACCAUGCCCACUGCAGUGUGAUGAUUGUGAAGCGCCCAAAGGUCAAGGCUUGAGAUUCUUGUUGUCUGUACAAGUUGUAGAGUCUAUUACUUCGUUAUCUAUUGCUCCAAGUGGAGGACGAUUUGGUUGAUUGUGUGUAUUUAUCCAAUUGUUCGACUCUCGAUAACCGUAUAUAUAUCCCAAUGUAAAAGUUCUGCCGUGUAACAUUAUUGUGGAUAAAUUUCAGAGGGUUUAUAAUAAUAAAUCAUGAUUGAUCUCUUGCAUGAAACAAA